AUGAAGUUCACGACUCUCACGACCGCCCUCCUCCUCUCACUCGGUGUUGCCCACGCCCAGAGCGACGUCGAAUCGGGCUCCUUCAGCAUCCUCCCCAUUGACCCGACUGAUUCAUCCAUCACGUUGGACGACCCCGUCCCAACGGGCGAGAGCUCCAUCACCCUCGACCUCCCAACCGAGUCGAGCUUCAUCCCGUCUGCAUCGAGCACUGAUGUUGGCGUCUCCACGAGUCCUACAGGCAGCUCGACUCCCAGUUCCACUCGUUCGAGGACGUCUUCCGGCACGUCUUCCGGCGCCUCGGAGACCGUCAGCGCAGAUCCACUCCCCGACGAGGAUGGCGCUGCAUUCACCCUUGCACCUCGUAUGAACGGUGUCGCGGUCGUUGUGGCGGGUAUUGCUGUUGCUUUACUUUAG